ACAGUCACCAACAGUACACACAACGAGUACUACAAUAACGGCAGCUCGACAACUCCAAUACAAAAUGUCCGCCAAAUUGAUCAUCUUCGCGGCUUGCGCCGUCGCCACCGCCCUGGCCGUCUACAAGGAACCUUCCUACCCAUCUUACCCAGCCGCCCCGGCUUACCCAGCCCCAGCCUACCCGGCCGCCUCAGCUUACCCAGCACCAGCCUACCCAUCUGCCCCCGCCUACCCAUCUGCCCCAGCCUACCCAGCAGCACCCGCAUACCCAGCAGCACCAGCCUACCCAGCUGCACCAGCCUACUCAGCAGCACCGGCCUACAAGCCAGCUUCGUACGCCGCCCCGAAACCCUAUGCCCCAGAGCCAGCCUACUCUGCUCCGUCUCCAUACAACUUCGACUACAGCGUUCACGACACCUACACCGGUGACAUCAAGAGCCAAAACGAAUACGCUGACGCCAACGGUUACGUCAAGGGCUCCUACAGCCUGGUCGAACCUGACGGCAGCAAGCGCACCGUGGAAUACACCGCCGAUGACUACAACGGUUUCAACGCUGAGGUCAAGAAGGAAGGUGGAUACCCCGCACCAGCCUACUCUGCACCUGCCCCGGCCUACAAGCCAGCCCCAGCACCAUACAAGCCCGCAUACUAAUAACACCACCGUCCCAAUUCACUAAACGUUGCAUCUCAAACACCGACAUCAUCAUCGACGACUUCCAAGACUGUUUUAAGUCUCAGUACAUUUUCGUAGCUGUAUAAUACACGAUAUAUUAUGCGUGUGUUUCAUAUAUAUAUAUAUAAUAUAUUAUAUUUGUAUAUUUAAUAUUGUCAUCUGUUUCAUCUUGUUUUUUUGUAAAUAAACGUCAUCCAUGUCGUAACAGAUAACCAAUUGUUCACUAUUUUUUAUGUUACUAUAAAUUGUAACAAUUUAUAUAUUAUACAUUUACAAUUAUAAAUUUUACGAUGAGAAAUUCA